AUAAAACUGGUAUUUUACUAUCAAAUGUUCUAUAAUAACAUGUAUAUAACAAGCUACUGUAACAUUCAUGCAUACGGAGCUGGAGUUAUUGUAGGAUUCCUGUACCACUAUUCGCGGAACGAAAAUUUGAAUCUUGACAACUCAAAGCUUUACAGCCUGAUGAAGAAAGCAUCGGUACCCAUGGCAGUGUUUGGUUUGUUUCCUGCAUAUUUGUACUAUGAAUAUGACAUUCCACGGUCAUCAUGGCUAACUAUGCUCCAAUUUGUUUUAUUUCACAACUACGGCAUUGUGGUCGUAUCAUUGUGUCUUAUUUAUUGCAUCCGACAUCCUCCAGGACCAAUUCGUCAAGUUCUUAGUUCACGAGUGAUGACCACUCUCGGAAAGCUUUCAUAUAGCGUAUAUGUGCUGCAUAUUCCAUUGCUACGAUGGAUUCUCAAUUACACACCAGUGAUGAUAGAUUUAUCUUUCACCAAAAUAUUUCUUUUGAUUACCGGAACUGUUAUCGCAUCCUAUUUGCUAGGACUCGUUGUUUACCUUGUUAUUGAGCAGCCGAUAAAUUUACUGCUGAAGCACUGGUUGAUUGACAGGACGGAACACGGUUUUAAGGUGAAAACUGAUGACAGCCCAGACAUAAAAAAGACAGAAUAAGAAAGGCAAGCAGAGAGAGCACUAAAAAAUAGAAAGGAAAACGUUUAUCCUCGAGUGAUGUUAUAAAAUGUAAUAAAAAUUUGAGAGACGACAGACGUUAGAACAAAGGUUAUUAUUGUAACUUAUAUGAUGUUAUUAAAAC